AGCGAGCAGGGCUCUCUUUACCAGUGGAUUGUAGAGGGUGCACGGCCAGUCUCUUGUCUUCUGUUCAACAUGGCAUCGUCUGAUAGUCAGGUGAAAGAACUGGAGAAGCGUGCUUCAGGCCAGGCUUUUGAGCUGAUUCUCAGCCCUCGGUCAAAAGAGUCCAUCCCCGAUUUCCCCAUCCCCCCCCCCCCAAAGAAGAAGGAUCUUUCCCUGGAGGAAAUUCAGAAGAAAUUAGAAGCUGUAGAAGAACGGCGCAAGUCUCAUGAGGCGGAAGUCCUAAAGCAGCUCGCCGAGAAGCGGGAGCACGAGAAAGAGGUGCUGCAGAAAGCCAUCGAGGAGAACAACAACUUCAGCAAGAUGGCAGAGGAGAAGCUGACCCACAAGAUGGAAGCUAACAAAGAGAACCGGGAGGCGCAGAUGGCUGCCAAGCUGGAGCGUUUGCGAGAGAAGAACAAGCACGUUGAAAAGGUGCGGAAGAACAAAGAAUCCAAAGACCCCGCGGAUGAGACCGAGGCUGACUAA